UGGUCGUCCCAGAGGCUUGCUGUGACACGGCUGAGCCAGCCAUAUUCUUGGUGUAAACUUUGUAAUUGCACAAUAAUCAAAACCACCAACCCACUGGAACAGAUCCCAGGAGCUCCCACCUAUGGCUGCCUUUCCCAGGACACACAGCAUGGUGUCCAACUGAUGCGGGAAAUGCCCAUGGCAUUGAAGGCUAAGAGCCACUUGGAAAAAGCAGCUAAAACCAAAUAACCCAUCUGGAGAUGCGUUCUGUUGCUAAAUGAGCCCAAUUCUUAAACGAAGCCCUGAUAUUACGAAAUCGCCACUAACAAAGUCAGAGCAGCUUCUGAGGAUAGAGGACCACGAUUUCAGCAUGAGGCCUGGCUUUGGAGGGCCUUUCUCCUGGCCAGAGACACUGGCUUCCAAGAUGAAAGAGGGUGCAAAAUCAGGAGGGCCGGCCAUUCCUGUGGGCGUGGACGUGCAGGUGGAAAGCUUGGACAGUAUCUCGGAGGUGGACAUGGACUUCACGAUGACGCUCUACCUGCGGCAUUACUGGAAGGACGAGCGGCUAUCCUUCCCGAGCACCAACAACCUCAGCAUGACCUUUGACGGCCGGCUGGUGAAGAAGAUCUGGGUCCCCGAUAUGUUCUUCGUGCACUCCAAGCGCUCCUUCAUCCACGACACCACCACAGACAACGUGAUGCUUCGGGUCCAGCCCGACGGCAAAGUGCUCUACAGCCUCAGGGUUACAGUGACUGCCAUGUGCAACAUGGACUUCAGCCGGUUCCCCCUGGACACACAAACGUGCUCGCUUGAAAUUGAGAGCUAUGCCUACACGGAAGAUGACCUCAUGCUCUAUUGGAAGAAAGGCAAUGACUCCUUAAAGACAGAUGAGCGGAUCUCCCUCUCCCAGUUCCUCAUCCAGGAAUUCCACACCACCACGAAGCUGGCCUUCUAUAGCAGCACAGGCUGGUACAACCGUCUGUACAUCAACUUCACACUGCGUCGCCACAUCUUCUUCUUCUUGCUCCAAACCUACUUUCCUGCCACCCUGAUGGUCAUGCUGUCCUGGGUGUCCUUCUGGAUCGACCGCAGAGCCGUGCCCGCCAGAGUCCCUCUGGGGAUCACCACGGUGCUGACCAUGUCCACCAUCAUCACGGGCGUGAACGCCUCCAUGCCCCGCGUGUCCUACAUCAAGGCCGUGGACAUCUACCUCUGGGUCAGCUUCGUCUUCGUGUUCCUCUCGGUGCUGGAGUACGCGGCCGUCAACUACCUGACCACCGUGCAGGAGCGCAAGGCGCGGAAGCCGCAGGAGAAGCUUCCCUGCGCCUGCGGGUUGCCUCAGCCACGCGCGGUCCUCCUGGACGGCAGCUACAGUGACGGGGAGGUGAACGACCUGGGCAACUAUACCCCGGAGAUCGGAGACAAGCCCGACAGGAUGAUGGUGCAGCUGACGCUGGCCUCGGAGAGGAGCUCCCCGCCGAGGAAAAGCCAGAGGAGCAGCUACGUGAGCAUGAGGAUUGACACCCACGCCAUCGAUAAAUACUCGAGGAUCAUUUUUCCAGCUGCAUACAUCUUGUUCAAUUUAAUAUACUGGUCGAUUUUCUCAUAAAUGCCUCUAAUUCUAUACCUUUCACAUUCUUCUGUAUGUACGACAGAAAUAAUUGAAUGGUGAGACAUAAUUUAAGGUUAUGAUGAAAAGAAAGUUCCCAGUACCCACCCUUCUCCAGCUUUCCAAAACUACACUGACAAGGCACUUACUGGUUUAAUUUACACUUAUUAACCGCUUAUUGUAUACACAGCAUUAUACUCGGUACUGCAGGUUCAGAGACACCUGUAGCAACUGAUGAUAGUUCUUACUGGGAUCUCUUAGAAAAGCGCACUGCUUUGCUUUGCUAAGAGAAAAGGCGCACUGGGGUGGGGUGGGCACUCUGUAGUUCAACCUCUUUAGACUCUAGACACUUAUUUGUAUGAACCAUAUCCUUUGUGUGAGUGUGACUCUAUUCUCUGGACCAGGUGCAUCUGGGAAGCACCUAAAGUUCUUUUGCUGUUGUUUAGUCGGUAAGUCGUGUCCGACUCUUUGCCACCCCAUGGACUGUGUAGCCCAGCAGGCUCCUCUGUCCAUGGGAUUUCACAGGCAAGAAUACUGGAGAGAGUUGCUGUUUCCUUCUCCAGGGGAUCUUCCUGACCCAGGGAUCAAACCCAUAUCUCCUGUAUUGGCAGGCGGAUUCUUUACCGCUGAGCCACCCAGCGGUAUUUACAUGCACCUAAAUCCCCACUUUGACCAAAACUUAUGCUUCAGUCUGUAGCCUCUUACCUAUUUUAUAUGCAUCUUUUCAUGUUGGUUUCAUUACAAGGCAAUAAUAAUAUUCCUACUUUAUUUACAUCUUGUGGUCCCUAAGGUUUCACCUCUUCACAAGAAAAGCUCUUUAGACUGGUACAAUGGUUUCUGAUUUUGGUAGGUAUUUCCCUGGUAGGGAAACUUUGAAGAAGAUAGUAUUUGCAGGCAUUUUGUCAGUUUUGUCAUAGGGGUAACUAGCCUAGAAAAUUUGUGUGUGAGUGUUCCCUGUUUAAUAAUCACUGCUUCAUGAAUCUCCACCUUGCAGCAUGUCCAGGUUCAAAGUGAAGUUAGUAAUGUGGUAUCUUCACUGAUGAACCUGGGAUUAGGCUGACUUUUUUCUGCAUAACCAUGGCAAGGAAAUACAUAAUGUGGGACUACCUAUAACUUGUUAGGAUGAGAAAUACAUGGUUACUGGAUGUAAAAGAGAAUGCCAAAAUGAAAAAGAAAUGGUUACACAUCACUGGACAAUUCCAUUUAUACUCAGUGAAUACCAGCAUCUUCUGUGAACCAGAAAACAAAGGCCACUGAUGUCAGGGCAGGGGAUAAAGGAGAGGGUUCUAAUUUGGUGUAUUAUUUAAACAACAUAUAGCUAUUCAUACUAUAUAUGCACAGGAUCAACUCCCAUCAAAUUUAUGCAUAAAGCAUUUGUUUGAAAUUCAAAUAAACUCUAUAUACUAUUAUGUCAUUUUUAUUCCAAAGCUAAUUUGACUGAUCCCUAUACUAAAUAAUAUCAUGUUAUUUCUUCAUGAGGGCUAUACUUUGAUCCUUUAAAAAGAAACAACCAAAUUUUCAGAAAGUCUAAUUACAGGGCAA